AUAAUAAUUUGAAAAUAUCAUUUCCAAGAAUGUUUGGAAAUUCACUACAAAAAGAAUGCAAGAUUCCUCAAAUGGGUGUGUGGGAUGGAGAUACAUGGAUCUGGAAUUUAGCUUGGAGACAUAAUUGGUUCCUAUGGGACCAUGAUCUGGUGGCCACUUUUAUGGAAUUGAUUGACAACAAAAAAUCAAUUAUUAACAAGAAGGACAAUUGGGUGUGGAUGAACAACAGUGAAGGGACUUACUGUGUCAAACAUAUGUACAAAUCACUUUUAUCACAGGAGGGGGAGACUGAACAACACAUUGAUUCUAAAGUGUGGAGUACUCUGUGGAACAUCAAGGCAUCUUCUAAGGCUUUGGCAUUCUCGUGGAGCUUGCUGCUGAACAAAAUACAAAGCAAGGGGAUAGGAAAGACAAAGAGCAAUCAGAUAUGGAAAGUGGUGUGGGUAUUAUGGAGGCACCAAAACAACAUAAUAUUUAGAGAAGGAAAUCCUGACUUUUAGAAGAUUAUAGAUGACAUAAAGC